CCUGCCAUCUGCGUAGUGGUUGAGUUGCCAGUGAGUUGACGGCACAAGUGAGUUCACGGCAACCGAUCUAAUAAUACACACACAACCGGUAACCUAACCACGAAUACCCGGCCCAUCCCACGGUGUACGUAUACGUAUUGAAUUGUCGAAUGGUAAAUCCGGUGAAACAAUACAAUGGCGAGGAUUCAGAAAAUGAAAGCUGUGCGUUGUCCCACAGAUGAACUUUCCUUCUCAAAUUGUGCUAUUGUCUCUUCUGUUGAUUUUGAGGGAACAAGCCACAUUGAGGUGAAAACUGCACCAAGCUCUAGAUAUGUUUUCAGUGUCUCCACACAUCAGAGCAUCCAAGCUGGAACAGUGGGAUUCAGUCUUCCACAGAGGAAAUGGGCAGUACUUUCUAUCAACCAAGAUAUUGAAGUGUCACCGUACGCUUUUGACAGAAAUACUCAGCUAAUUGGGAGCAUCAAAUUUGAAGUAGAUUUCUUGCAGAAAAAGAAUAUCACAACAGAAGCUUUUGACACAGACAAGAUGGCUGCAGAAUUCAGUAUGAUGUUUCCACAACAUGCGUUCACUGUAGGACAGCAGCUUGUUUUCAACUACAGUGGGAAAAAACUUCUUGGCCUGGUAUGUAAAGAACUGGAAGCGGCCGAUGUUUCCAUGCUCAAAGGAGAAAAAUCAUCACAGAAACCAUUGAAGAUUAAUAUUGGUGUUAGCAUGGCAAAUACGCAAGUACUGUUUGAAAAGGCAGAGGCAUCAGUCAUCAAUCUUAUUGGCAAGUCAAAGGGAAAAGCUGGGGCAAGACAAUCUAUCAUCAACCCUGACUGGGAUUUUAAACAAAUGGGAAUCGGCGGCUUAGACAAGGAAUUUUCUGACAUCUUCAGGAGAGCCUUUGCUUCAAGAGUUUUUCCUUCAGAGUUUGUAGAACAGAUUGGUGCCCAGCACGUGAAAGGAAUUCUUCUCUUUGGACCACCAGGCACUGGAAAAACAUUGAUGGCAAGAACAAUCGGCAGGAUGUUGAAUUCAAGGGAACCACAGAUUGUCAAUGGUCCUGAAAUUCUCAACAAGUUUGUUGGUGAAUCUGAGGCAAAUAUUCGCAAAUUGUUUUCUGCUGCAGAAGAUGAACAAAAAAAGUGUGGUGUUAACAGUGGACUCCAUAUUGUUAUUUUUGAUGAAAUUGACGCUAUAUGUAAACAACGUGGAACAAUGAGUGGAAGUACAGGAGUCCAUGAUACUGUUGUUAACCAGCUGCUUGCCAAAAUUGAUGGAGUUGAACAGCUGAACAACAUUCUCGUAAUUGGAAUGACCAAUAGACGUGAUCUUAUUGAUGAAGCAUUGCUGCGACCUGGGCGUUUGGAAGUCCAAAUGGAAAUUGGUCUGCCAAGUGAAGAGGGGAGAGUGCAGAUUUUUGACAUUUAUGUGUCUAAAAUGCGAGAGAACAAGAAACUUGCUCCCGAUGUGAACAUUAUAGAGCUCGCUUCUCUAACAAAGAACUUCAGUGGAGCAGAAAUUGCAGGUUUAGUCAGGGCAGCUCAAUCUCUUGCAAUGAACAGAAUGAUUAAGGCUUCUUCUAAAGUUGAGGUAGAUUAUGAAGCAGCUGAGAAAAUGCAAGUUCAGAAAGCAGAUUUUAUGGUUGCACUUGACACUGAUAUUAAGCCGGCAUUUGGAGUAAGUGACGAAAGUUUCAGUAAUUAUAUCCUAAAUGGUAUCAUCAACUUCGGUGAGCCAGUUCGCAGAGUGUUGGCAGAUGGAGAACUUGUUGUGCAGCAGACAAAAGUCAGUGAACGAACGCCCCUUGUCAGUUUACUUCUUGAAGGUCCUCCAUCCAGUGGAAAAACUGCUCUUGCUGCAACUCUUGCAAUGAAAUCAGGAUUUCCUUUUGUGAAAAUAUGCUCCCCAGAAGACAUGGUUGGGUUCUCUGAAAGUGCUAAAUGUCAGGCUAUUAAAAAGAUCUUUGAAGAUGCAUAUAAGUCGCAUGUAAGCUGUGUUGUUGUAGAUGACAUUGAAAGACUUCUUGAUUAUGUACCACUUGGGCCACGAUUCUCUAACUUGGUGUUGCAAGCACUCCUAGUGUUGUUGAAAAAAAUUCCACCUAAGGGCAAAAAACUCUUAAUUAUUGGAACAACAAGUCAAAAAGAAGUUUUGCAGCAAAUGGAAAUGGUGGCAACAUUUAAUGCACACAUCCAUGUAUCCAAUCUGUCAACAGGUGAACAACUGUGUGCUGUUGUUGAGGACCUAGACUGCUUCACAUCUGCGGAACGCACUACUUUGGAAAACAAACUCCGAGGAAAAAGACUGUGCAUUGGAAUUAAAAAGCUGCUGGUUUUGCUUGAGUUGGUGAGACAGACUGACAAGGGAUUUCGAGUUCCAAAGCUGCUUUGCUUGUUAGAAGAAGAAGCUGGGCUUGAGUGAAGCGAACUAUAAGUGCUGUGAACACUGCAAUCAACCACAGUAAGUGACAUUUCAGAAUGAUGCUGAAAAAUCAACAUCGGAGUAUUGGCAUGAGUUGGUUACUGAAGUGUCUGUUGAAAUGCUUUGGAUAUGGGAUCUUCUUAAUUCAUUCCCUCCGUAUAGAUGUGUAGGCCAUGUGACUGGUAUAUAUAAUUGAUCAUUGGUUGAAGAGUUGAGACAAAAUGAAACUGCUGAGUUGUACAUGUACAUGUAAUUAUUAUGAAACUAGAGUAGGGAUAUAAAUCCAAUUAUGGCUCCCUAAAUUCAAAGUUAUAUUGAGUUUUUAUAAUUUUGAAACCCCUUACCAAGAGUGGACUUAUAUACAAAAAAUAAUCAAACCUGUUUGUUAUUUAUGAUUAUUAUUAUUAUUUAGUUAAGCUUGCUUGGUGUAAUCAGCUGAGUACUGCUGUACAACCUGUCUUACUGGCCAUUGUAAUCAUUGCAUAAGGCUCUUGAUGAAGAGUCCAAAAUCUAACGUUGUAUUCAAAAUCAUAAUUCAAAUAAAAAAGAAACAAUCUGAGCCAAUUAUUGUCUUCAAUCUUUCUCCUGUCAAGAUCCUACUCAGCUAAAGAAAGGGACACUAUUAAUGCCAUUUUGACAGUGACAUUUGUAGCUGUCUUCACCUGUUAAUUUGUUUUUUUAUCAUUCCCUGCUAUAGAAAGGAAUGAUUUUUAUUCCACUUUGCUUGUAUGUCCAUUUAAAAAAAAGAUUAAAAUAAAAUAUAAAAAAAUAAUAGUUCAUCCAUAAGGACUUAAAUAGUAGCAAUAAUCUAUAUGUUUGCUUUAACCACUACUAGACCACAUUAAUAGUUGUUGCAACAAUUACAGUUACAUUGUGCAAAGAAAGUUUGCAUUCAAAUGCUUUUCAAAUGUUUAAAAUAUUAUUCAAAUUAAAAUUGCAAUGCACAUGUAUCAUUUGUUGUCAAACUUGCCUUACAAAUGCCCACAUUUUGUGCACAAUGUAAGCAUUAACCUGUGAAACAUUCAUUGUUUGCCUACAUUAUUUCAUUAUUAUUUAACAAAAAUUAAAAAAAGUAAAGCAAAUAUUAUUACAAUUGAACUUUAUACCAGUUUCAAAAGUCUUUAAUCCAUGUUUUUGUUGUUGAGUAAAAACGUUUUUUAUUAGGUAUCGUUUACAUUUUUCAAGUAGUAUAGGUUUUCUCGGUCAGUUUCGGCAAAUGAGCAGCCAAUUUAACCAAUACUGAAAAGGGUCAAUCAAUUUUGUUUUAAGACCAGUCAUUCGACUUAACAAAGUAAUCAUUCCAAUUUUACAAUGUAACAAUUCAUCAAGGGCCAUUUAAAUUUGUAGGAGUUUUUGAGGCGUGUGUUUAUUUUUUUUUUAGUCAUUCAAAUUCAUUUUUGGGCAGUCAUUUCUGGAAUUUGUGCAAUCUUAAAAACGCUUUUUGGUCAAGCUUGGCUCUCCUUAAGAAUGUUAAAGGCAUAAAUACUGUCGACCUUUUGGCGCUUGAAAAUUUAUGCCAAAAUGUCUAGCGUGUCAACAUAUUGAUGGUUUUGAAGGGAAAAAAAAAGAGAAAAAAAAACCCAAUACAAACAUAGGUCUUUGGUCAGCAAACCAAUUAAGGUCACCCCCCCCCCCCCUGAGCUUCUGUUACUUACUGUGCCUGUUAUAUAUUAGAAGUUUUUACUGGAGUGUCUUUUGAUAGUGUGUUUAUUUGAUGUAUGCCUUUGCUGAUGAAUGUUGAAUAAACGGAGUAAUAUAACUCCACAUCAAAA